GGUUCACUUUGAAAAGUGAUUAGUCAUGUUCUGGUUAGUUGGCAGUUGCUAGUCAGAGAUGUGUUGUGUGUUCAGGAAUGAGCUGGGAAACAUCCACAUCCCCCUCAGAGCUGCAUUUCUCACCUACAGAAACCACAUCCAAGAUGUGUUACUACGGUGAUGGGAAACCUUAGAGAUGCGGCUGUAUUCAUCUGGAAUCAUCUCACAUAGUUUCUAAUGAAAAGAGAUUUGAACUGUUUUAAUAGACACCAAACAAAAGUUGUCUUGAAUGCAUCCUUAAUAAUUUUAUUCUGAGAAAACAUCUUCCUUCUUAAACCUGUUAUAAAUGUGAUAUGAACAGAUGAAAACACAGUCUGCUGCUAAUCUCAGCUAAUUUAUCAUUUCUGGUUUGAGUUAAAAACACAAAAGUCCUCAAAACUGUGAGCCGUUGUCCUGUGAAUGACAACUCAACACCCAAACAUCCAUUCGCUCAUGAUGAGUUUGAUGAAGGAUAUUUGUGUGAUAAUUGGGAGUGCAGUAUGAUGAGAUCUGACUGUGAGGUCACUUCCUGUGUUUAAAAUACGUGGCGUCUAUAUAAACCCUGAGGAGUGACCGACUGUCAUUUAAGAUCUGCAGACAUCAGGAGAACAGACAGCUGAAAGAGAGAACUGUGUUUUGGGGAUGAUGUUGAAGGGUCAACGGUCUCAGCUGCGUCUCGCUGUCAUCUUACUUAUGGUGGUGACAAUCGUUCAGGGUCAAGACGGUGAAAGCAGACGGGCGGUCACAGAGCAUCAGUUGAUGCAUGAUCGUGGUCGCUCUAUUCAGAGUCUGAAGAGACUGAUCUGGCUGUCCAGUGCAAUUGAGGGACUUCACACCGCCCAGACCCGCACACUGACUGCUGGUGACCCAGACACCCGCCCGGGUCACUUCCUCUCUCAGCCUGGCCACAGGAGGACACUGGAGACGCUGCUGAACGACAUGUACAGACCUCACCUUAGCGCUGUGCUCGGAGACAGAGAAAAAUAACAUCUGAUGUCUCAGAUAAUCAGACUCUUGCCUGUUUGAUGUCCCGGAUAAUCAGACUCUCAUCCAUAUGAUGUCAUGGACAAUCAGACUCUCAUCUGUCUGAUGUCUUGGAGAAUCAGACUCUCUCCAACCUGAUGUCCCGGACAAUCAGACUCAUCCGUCUGAUGCCCCAGAUUAUCAGAAUCCCACCCGUCUGACGUCCCAGAUUAUCCAACUGUCAUCUGUCUGAUGUCACAGUCAAUCAGACUCAUCCAUCUGAUGUUCCGGAUUAUCAGACUCCCAACGGUCUGAUGUCCCAGAUUAUACGACUCUCAUCCAUCUGAUGUCUUGGAGAAUCAGACCCUCACCAACCUGAUGUCUUGGACAAUCAGUCUCAUCUGUCUGAUGUCACAGACAAUCAGAUUCAUCCAUCUGAUGUCCCAGAUUAUCAGACUCCCAAAUGUCUGAUGUCCCAAAUUAUCAUACUCUCAUCCAUCUGAUGUCAGAGAAUCAGACUCAUCCAUCUGAUGUCCCGAAUUAUCAGACUCUCACCUGUCUGAUGUCCUGCAUGAUCAACCUCUCAUCCGUUUGAUUUCUUAGACAGUCAGACUCUCAUCUAUCUGAUGUCUUGAAGAAUCAGACUCUCAUCCACCUGAUGUCCCAGACAAUCAGACUCAUCCAUCUGAUGUCCCAGAUUAUCAGACUCCCACCUGUCUGAAGUCCAGGACAAUCAGACUCUAAUCCCUCUGAUGUUUCAAAAAUCAGACUCCCACCUGUCAGAUGUCCCGCAUGAUCAGACUCAUCCAUCUGAUGUCUUAGAUUAUCAGACUUUCACCCGUCAGAUGUCCCAAAUUAUCAUACUCUCAUCCGUUUGAUGUCACAGAGAAUCAGACUCAUCCAUCUGAUGUCCCAGAUUAUCAGACUCCCACCUGUCUGAAGUCCAGGACAAUCAGACUCUAAUCCCUCUGAUGUUUCGAAAAUCAGACUCACACCUGUCAGAUGUCCCGCAUGAUCAGACUCAUCCAUCUGAUGUCUUAGAUUAUCAGACUUUCACCCGUCAGAUGUCCCAAAUGAUCAGACUCUCAUCCGUCUGAUGUCACAGAGAAUCAGACUCAUUCAUUUGAUGUCCCGGAUUAUCAGACUCCCACCCGUCUGAUGUCCCAGAUGAUCAAGCUCUCACCCGUAUGAAGUCCAGGACAAUCAGACUCUAAUCCCUCUGAUGUUUCGAAAAUCAGACUCCCACCUGUCAGAUGUCCCGCAUGAUCAGACUCAUCCAUCUGAUGUCUUAGAUUAUCAGACUUUCACCCGUCAGAUGUUCCAAAUGAUCAGACUCUCAUCCGUCUGAUGUCACAGAGAAUCAGACUCAUUCAUUUGAUGUCCUGGAUUAUCAGACUCCCACCCGUCUGAUGUCCCAGAUGAUCAGGCUCUCACCUGUCUGAAGUCCAGGACAAUCAGACUCUAAUCCCUCUGAUGUUUCGGAAAUCAGACUCCCACCCAUCUAAUGUCCCAGGCAAUCAGACUCAUCUAUCUGGUGUCGCAGAUUAUCAGAUUUAUGAUACUUGUGACUAAACUAAACUAGAUUAAAAUAAUCAGGUUUGUUGUCUGAUCUUUAUUCACACACAAACUGAUUAAAUCCCUGUAAUUCACUGUAUUGUUGUUUGAUGUUAGUGAAAUAUAUAGUUGCUUGUAAUCGUGUUGCUCAAUGUUAACAGGAUUAAAUCAGACAUUCUUUAUAUGUGGUCAAUUCCUGCCUCUAAAUUUGUUUUAAAGUUGACUAGUUUAAGUGCUGUUGUUUAUUGUAGACUGUAUUGUAGUUUUAUUUGCUAUAUAUGUGAGUGAUUAAAAAGCUUUAAAGUAAACUCCCAUACAGAUUAAAACUGA